UCAUUGCCCCAUCACUUCUCUUCCUUGGUUACGAUACGAGCACAGCCGCCAAUCUUGUUCUCGAGUUGAACCUCCGCGCCUUCUCCAUGGGGAAUCGACGGCUCCUAUUGCUUCCGCUGGUUCUCUUCCUCGUCAUCUGCGCCUGCACAGCGCAGCCUGUUUCCCGUCGCGGCCUGGUCAGCGGCAAAGCCACCCCGUCAGAUGAGUCAUCCGCUCCCAAUGAUGCAGUCUCGUGGAAGGCCUCUAGCGCCAGUGGUACGCCCGAGGUCAGCGCGCGUCACGGCAACUCCAAGGCUGAGAAGCACGUCCCUGGGGCCCGCGUCGAAACCGUUGGAGGAAACCACUGGCAGCAGCGCCGCGCUACAAACACGUGGACGCCAGCUGGAAACCAGCAUCCGAGUCGCUCUGGCCCAGUCACAGCGCAGCACCACAAGCGCGGCACCAACGAGCGGGCCGCGCCCCACGUCCGUCCCAGCGGCGCAUUCCGCGUCGCGAGCAGUGCUGACGUGGCGCUUCGCCACCACAACCCUCCGCGUGGCUCCGGAAGCGGCGGAUGGGCAGCGACCGAGCAGCGCAGCAACGAGAACAGAAACGGUGCGCAGCACGGCGCGGCAGGGAUUCACAUGGCGGCAGCUGAAGACGUGGCGAUUCGCCACCACAACUCCCCGCGUGGCUCCGGAAGCGGCAGGUGGGCAGCACCCAAGCAGGGCCGCGGCACUGCUGGCAGCAACCGCAAAGGCGGCUUCAAGGUGCACAGCGAGAACAACCAGGCGCAGCACGGCAUGGCGGGGGUUCACGUGGCGUCGGACGAAGACGUGGCGAUUCACAGGGGGCACGGCGAUGGCGCCGCAGCCUUGCUGCCGACGAGCAGCGCCAGCCGCCAUGGUGCCGCGGAUCCGCGCCUCGCGCACCCCUCUGGAAAUGGUGACUUGAGCGGUGGGGACUACGAAGGGGCUGGCGCUGGUGCGAGCAAUGGCAGGGACUACACCGACUGCGAUGGCACUGGGGAUGGCAGCAGCGGCGGUGGGGGCGGCGGCAUGGACGUGGGGGCGAUCCUGGAGGAGCACAACAGGGCGCGGCAGGAGGUGGGGGUGGCGGACCUGGCGUGGGACGACGGGGUGGCAGCGGCAGCGGCGGAGUGGGCCAACAACCUGGCCUCCAGGGGGUGCCCUCUGGAGCACGGAGGGGCGGAGGGGCUCGGGCAGAACCUGUACUGGCGCGCACCCGCGGGGCUGACCCCUGAGGAGGAUCGCAUGGCGGUGCAGUCGUGGGUGGCGGAGAAGGCGGACUGGACGUACAGCCCCGUGCCCGAGGGGUGUGCGGACGGCAGGAUGUGCGGGCACUACACGCAGGUGGUGUGGCGCGACACCACGCAUGUGGGCUGCGCCUCCGCGCAGUGCCCUGAUGGAGGCGGCAUGUGGGUGUGCGACUACUCCCCUCCUGGCAACUUCGUUGGCUCCACACCCUUCUAGGGAGGGAGGCUUCUGGUGGAGAGCGGUGGUGGGAUGGAGGGAGGGGUUGGAGGUUCUGUGCUGGUGAUGGUGCAAUGGUUUGCUAGAGCAGUGGAAGGGCGAAGCAUGGGAGGAGUCUGUGAGCUCUCUUAGCUCUUGUGAGCUGCUCGCUCAUGCAGAGUGUGUGUAGGCAGUACGUUUCUGAUGUACCUGAUGUGUUGGAGACUUUUGCACUUUACAAAAAGACAAUCAGGCAGA